UUUGCAUGUUCCUCUCUGCAAGCGGGGAUGUAGAGGUGGGAUUGCUAGGACCGAGAAAGCUCGGGGAACCCACGCGUUCUGCCUCUGAGAAAGUACGCUUAUCCAAGACAACAGCCACUAAAUCCGCGUUUCCUUUCUUUUAACAUUUGUCACUAACAGACGGGAACUCCGCAGGAUUGUGUUUUUUGGAAAAGGAGCUUUUCCCCUUCUUCCUUCCUCCUCUGCCUCUGUCUUGUUUUUGCCACCGCUCGGCUCGGCAGGCUGAGGAGACGGACCGCUCGGACUGUGGAUCCCUCCCCUCUGCUCGGAUCUGCUUCGCUACCUGAAGCCCAUGGAAGACCGUGGAUGAGGGCUGAGCUGUAGCGGGGCAGAAGGCUUCGGUGCCUGUCUGUCGUUGGCCGGCUGCUUGGGCCAGUGAGGCGAGGAGCCACCCUCACCAGAGCAAAGAACGGACCAAGAAAGAGCUCGUCUUCGCUCACCCCGGCCCCCUUUCGAUCCUCACCCCCGACCCAGGCACCUACGCUCUGGACCAUGUCUAGCGGUCUGUUGGAGGAGGGCCAGACAAAGGACCUGGAGCGGAAUGGCUGCAAACAGGACUCUCCUGUCAUUGAGCGCAGGAAUCGAAGUGGCAUCAUAAGUGAGCCGCUCAGUAAGAGCCUUAAGAACUCUCGUACCCUCUCCCAGUACACAGCAGUCUCCUCUGCCGGCACCAAUGGACACACGGACAGUAGCGCGACAAAAAGCCACUUGGUUAAACCUCCGGCACUUCCCCCUCCUCAACCUGCUGUCUCCACGAUCACAGCGGCCAAGUUAGAUCGAACCCUAGAACAGGUUCUGGAGGGACAGAAUGGCCUGUUGCACUUUGCCCAGGCAGCAGCGCUGCUAAAGCGAGCCGGCAUGGAGCACAUGCUCCUGCCUGGGGGCAUGGGAGUGGGAGUUGGCGGAGGCGACGCAGGCUCAGGGGCUAGCGACUUGGAGGGUACGUCUGUCGCGGACGCCGUAGGUGGUCCAGUUGACUUCCCAUAUGGAGUAGGGGGUGGCUUCCCCUUCAACCCGGGGCUUUUCAUCAUGACACCGGCUGGAGUCUUUCUGGCGGACAGCGCACUUCACAUGGCCGGGCUGACCGAAUACCCAGCACAGAGCGAGCUGGCCUCUGCUAUCAACUCUGGUAAAAAGAAACGGAAACGUUGCGGCAUGUGCCCGCCCUGUCGACGGCGGAUUAACUGCGAGCAGUGCAGCAGCUGCCGGAACAGAAAAACGGGCCACCAGAUCUGCAAAUUUCGCAAAUGUGAAGAGCUGAAGAAGAAGCCCUCUGCUGCUCUGGAGAAGGUGAUGCUUCCUGCGGGAGCGGCGUUCCGGUGGUUCCAGUAGGACUCCUCCUCCGCUCCCUACCCAAAGCUCUGCCAUCAAGUGCAAUGCCAACUCCUGGACUGUCUCCAGAUCAGACACUGGUCAAAAACAAACUGGCAACAAUUACCAUUCAAAUGAAAACAGACAGAGAAGCUGAGAACCAUCAGUGGGAUGAUGGAUGCACCUAUUCCUCGAACCAAAAAUGAAGUGCAAAGAAAUGCAUCUACGGCAACUUUUCAUUCCCUUUUCUAUGUUUCCAUUUUGGUACCUUUUGUCCUUUUUUCCUGCCGUUAGUUUUGAAUUUUCUUUUUUAAUGGUUUCUGUUGCUUGAACACGGAACUGCUCAUUGCCAGAACCAGAACGGACGGACUGAGUGUGGACAAUCAAACUAAUGUCUGUGUUUGGUGUUAAUGUUGUUCAUGUGUGGAAAGAUUCAGUACUUGUGUAGAGAAUGUAAAUUUACAGCUAUAUUUUAAAACUAGUGGCUAAUGGCAAACAUUGUAAUUCCUUGCCAUUUUAAACCCGCGUCUAUUUGAUGAUUGAUAUGAAAGAGAGGAUUUAAGGUGUGAUGCUGUCAAUUAGAUCCUGAAAUGAGACUGAUUGUUAUUAUUAUUAUUAUUAUUAUUAUUAUUAUUAUUAUUGGCAGAGCUCCAGAAAGCCUUCACUGGGUUGAAGCAGCUUUUUGUGUGAGCUGUAACUGCUGUCUUCUCCUCAAUAAGCCCUCGAUCGUCUGCAUUUUCAAACAGUUUUUGUCCUUUUUAGUAAAACUUGCAGCCUUAUGUUUCUGUGGCCCUACUGAGCAUGUGCCAACACACUGCUCAGGGCAAAAGCACCAAGAGACAGCACUUGCUCUGAGCCUACUGAAGCACUGAAAAAAAAGCAUUUUUUAAAUUUGUUUGUUUUAUUUUCAUGAUUUUGUUUCUUUUGUUAAGUGGCUGAGUAGCUAUACAGCUUUUGAAAAUAACUCAAUCUUUGUAUUUGUUUAAAAAAAUUGGACCGGUUUUGUGAAUAAAAAGGAAUGCAUGUAUUUGUGUCAAAAUCUACAAUUCUGAUAUUUGUCUAAUCGUCUGUUUGCAUGUCGUUUUUUUAAAGAAAAACAAAAGGUGACUAAAACGAAAUACUUGAGUUUUAAUUUUUACACAGA